AUGAAACAUUUUCUCGAAGUAUAUAAUUCCUCAACACAUUCUACAACAGGGCAUACACCAAAUUCAAUGACACAACAACAAGAAGAAAAGUAUAUACAAAAGAAACGAAGCCAAACACAAAAUAUCAGAAAUUCAACACAAUUUACCCUCAUUCCUGGUACAAAAGUUCGUGUAGUUCUUGAUGACAAACCGUUGACAAAGAAACGUUUAAGGUUAAGUAGAAACUAUUAUAUCGUAGACUCUACGCAAGGUAAUGGAUAUCUUAUAAAAGCUGCCGACGACUCUAUUGCGUUUUACCCUCGUCACAAAUUAGUCGAAAGUAGUAAUGGCAAACUUGCUGAAACCAUUGACGAAGCAAAGCGAGGAGUGGUUAUUGAAAUACUUGGCUACAACAUAAACGAUGACACUUAUAAAGUAAGAUAUGAAGGAGGCGUUGAAGAUGUUAUACCAUCUAAGAACUUGAGAGAGUCGAAGCCAACACAUCUGGGAGCAUUAGAGCGGGAGUACUGGAAAGACAAAAAUAAGCCAGAAAGAAUAAGAAAAUUCUUCUAA